AUGGUUCGUGGGUUUAGUUUUCAACUCUUGUAUCGAGUCGUUUUCUUUUCCUUCUGUCUGAUUUUCGCCUGUUUUUAUCAUGGUGGUGGUUCAGAGUAUGACAGGCGAGGAGGUAAAACAGAACCGAACAAAUUAAAAGAAAACUUCAACAGCAAACCCUUGAAUGAUGAAGUUUUUCUCGAACAAGACAUUGGCGUCCCUAUCUUGACAGAAAAUACUAAACAAAUUGACGGCGAUGACACGAAGAAAGAAACUGAUCUUUCAAAGAUGGCAAGAAAAGGUAAAUUCUGAAAAUGUGAGAAUAUUCGUAAUUCAUUUCAGAAGGAGUAAAUGCAUGUCAACCACAUUUUUUAUUUUUUUAGGAACUGUGACGAAAACACUCCGAAGUGAUAGAAUACGGAAGAGCCCGAAACUGUCCUCCAAGUCUGAGGUAAAAGUUGCAAGCAAAGAAUCGACAACCAUCUCCCUAUCAAGGGAGACAAAAUGGCAAAACAAUGCCAGUAAAAACUUAUCUUCAUUGGAAAAUCAAAUUUUUCACCAGAAUGACUUGAGAGAAACAGCCAAAAGAGAAACGUUUGCUUCACCCACAACUCAACAUCUCCGGAACAGACGUGAAAUUGAUGCGAUCUCAGAAAGUAAGGUGGGUCCGACCGAAUGCGCCAAUUUUACCUUUACUAUAAAGUAUGGAGAUGAAUACGGAGUAUGGAACAACUUUUUAAUGAUGCACCAAAGCCGAAUGUACCGUUAUAACGAGUACAGAGUAACAGACGAUGGUCUACAAGUUUGUAAUUCUUCUGACCCCCUCAUCCAACAAAAAUGGCAGAAUUUCAUCGUUUCAGAAAAGAGAAAGAUGGCUUCCCAACAUUGCAAUGCAUUUGUGGACGGUUUCUACGUCAGAAACUACACAUUAUUAAAAAAUUUUACUGUUUUCUUUCAUCCUACUGAGCAGAGCUUCACAAGGCAAGAUUACGGAGUGAUGUUUGGACAUUUUGCGAUUUGUUCGGCAAAACUUAGUCUGUCCUGCAAUGAUGAUUUGGUCAAAGUAAAGUACGAUGAAAAAUACAAUGUUUUCAAAAACCUUUCGCUGUUUUACAGCAAUACGAUGUACGAUUAUCGCGAAUAUCGAUUCAGUCACGACAGUCUUGAAAUGUGUGUUUCCAAUGAUUCAAGAGUUCAAGCUCUUUGGAAAACUCGGAAUUCAUGGGAAAAGUUUAAAGAGGUGUAUAAAUGCUAUCGUUAUUAUUACCUAUUGUAUUACAGUGUGACCAAGCAAUUCACUGUCUAUUCGGCAUAUAACAGUCAAUAUUUCACAAGAAAGGACUAUGGAGUCAUAGACGGUAAACCUAAUAUAUGCGGAAAAAAGUUGAGACCCACAUCAACAGAGUAUACCCAGGAAGAUCUACUAAUAUGCAACGAUUCAAUUAUCAAUAUACCAUACGAUGAUGAAUACAAAGUUCGGACUGACUUUUCAAUACUCUAUAAGAACAAGGUGUACGAUUAUACUGAGUAUCGAGUUCUGAAUGAUAGCAUAAAGAUUUGUAACUCCUCUGAUAACGACGUAAGGAAUAUCUGGAAAGAACGCAAUAAAUAUGUCAAGCAGUGGAUGCAUUACAAAAGUUGCAAUCUACCAAUAAACAUAUAUAUAAUCUCCCAAGAGCUUUAUACUGUUCGUAAGGACUUUAGUGUUCUCAUUUUGCCAACAGAUCAGGUGAUAGCAAAGUAUAAUUAUGGUGUUUUUGAAGGUAAAUUUAGAAUAUGUAAAGAAAAAUUCAUAACAUAUUACGGAUACUAUGGCGCAGCUGGAGUAGCAGUAUUAUGUGCUUUAGCGCUUUCUAUUAUUUGUUUGCUAUUGUUGUUGAUAGUCUAUUGCAUGCUUCCUGAACUGCGCACUCUUCCUGGUUUGAAUUUAAUGAGUUUAAGUUUCGCCUUUUUGCUGGCGCUGACUAAUUAUGUGGUAUUUUUGUCGCUGUAUGCACGUGUGGGUAAAAUGAUUGUGAAUAAAAAACCGUGUGCAAGGCUGUUCAUAUCAGGUAGGUUUAAUACGUAUAGCAUACUUAUGAACGCUGCUGUUAGUGUGUAUCACUUAAGAAAAACCUUUUGUUGCAACACUUUAGUGAAAUCUGAUGAAAACAAGUGGAAAACGUUCUUGAAGUAUAGUGUCUUUAGCUGGGGUGUUCCUCUCGUCAUAACUAUUGUUUAUAUUGUGCUUGUGAAGAAAGAUGUUUUAAGAUUUCAUUCAGAUAGUUGUGUCAAUGAUAGUGCUGAUUGGGUAGUUGUUAUGACAGAGUAUGGUCUUCCGGGUUGUCUUUUGUUGUAUAUUAUUGUAAUGUUCAUCUUCACUGCUUAUCGAAUUCGUCAAAAACUCAAAGCAAGCAGUAGCAUUGCACAGAAAUCAAAUAUUGUUAAGAAACGCAAUAGCUUUGUCCUAUUGCUUAAGUUGUCGACUACUGCAGCCAUAGGAUGGCUUCCUGUUGUACUUUUAGGUAUAGAUUUUCAUCAUAACAUCAAGACGGCGCUAUUUAUUCUGAUGCUUCUUAGUGGUGUCUACAUAGGUAUUGCGUUUGUCUUUACAAGAAAAAAUUAUCAGCUGCUAAAGAAGAAAUAUUUCCGAGCAAAAAAUAAGCCAGUUAACGUGUAGUUGCAAACAUUGUACAUGCAGUUGCUUUGUAGGUAAGUACGCAAGCAAGUAAGUUAAUAAAUAAUUAAAUAACUAAAGAAGUAAAGAAAGCUUAACUGAUUAAUUUGAAAUCUGUAAUAAUGUGUACACUUGUAAAAAUUUUAACGUAUUUUGUUCAAUGUGAAAACGCUUAGAAUACAGUGGUCUUCAACUUAAAAUGUAUGUACACAUUGUGUUUUAGAUCAUUGUAGAAAAAUAUAGAGUGUAAAUAAAAAAGCAAAACAUCGUGUCUUUUUAUAAAGUUUUCAGUGGAAAUGGAAUGUUUGAACAAGGUACCCUGACAUUUUCUAAUCCAUAUAAUCUCACCAUCGAGUAAUUUCGAUCCAGAUGGUUUGUUGCGGGGGGGGGGGGCUUAUCCAUUUUUUAAUGAUAUGCGGAUUAGGGCUAACGAUUAUCUCUGGACUGCACACUAUUACAACUUGAGUCAACUGCGAAAGAGGUACAAAAGAAACUUAACUCAGCAGCGAGUUCACGUUCAUCAGACCACUUUAAGGUAGCCCACAUUCAAGAACAUUUACUACCUCUGCAUGAUCUAACAAUGCUUAACUCAGCAGUGAGUUCUGUACAACAUCAGAAUCUACUACCUCUGCAUGAUCUAACCAUGCUUAACUCAGUAGUGAGUUCUCUUACAACAUCAGAUCUACUACCUCUGCAUGAUCUAACCAUGCUUAACUCAGUAGUGAGUUCUCUACAACAUCAGAUCACUUUAGGGUAGUCCACACUUUUCAAAACUAAAAAAGUUACUAAAAAUGCACGGAAAUGUUAAAGAGUUAGUCUUUACUUUUUUACAUUUUUUACCACUUUUUCAAAAAUGAGAAAAGUGGCUAAAAAUGGACGAAAAUUAUACGCCCGAAAAAGUUUUUUUUAAAAUUACAAAUAUUAAGAAUAUCAGUCUUACGACAGUUUUGUGGUGUAUCAACUAAUUCAAUAUCAGCAACGUCAACAGCUGAACAUGCAUAGCCAGCCAAAUAACUUAUAAUUAUAUUUUGUACGCAGUUAAAUAUUGUAUAUAAGUACAUUUUCAACACACGGCCCUUUGAAAAACAACUGUUACUUAUAGCAUGGAUAAUAAAAUAAAUGGAUUGGAAACUUCUGACGUCAUUGACUGCAUCCUUGUUGAAAAACGUGACGUCACGCGUAUUGCGAAUGUUACCAAAGUUCUCGGCAUAUUUGUUGUUUUGCUAUAUUUUCCACUUUAAAAGGGUGGUCUUGAAGCGUAAACUGGUCUAAUUGUUUUAAAAACAUGCCUAAGCCACGACAAAGUAUUCAAGGUAAAUGUUUUUCGUCUUUGUUUUGUAUUUUUUUACAAUUGUAGCUACGAAAUUGGCGUCACAAAUUUUAACGAAAUUUGCGAUGUAUUUUUCACUGUUUAGUGCUUGAAAUAUUUGCUAAAAUUGACUGGGAAUACUUAGAGUUUUCAUCGUAGAAUGGCGUGGUUACAUUUAUUUGCUCUUUGACUAAAAUGUUUAGCUGUAUUAUUGCUAAACAUACCGUUUUUGAGAAUUUGAUUUUCAACUAGGUUGAGGCAUCCAACCACGCCAUCAAUCCCAGUAAAAACAUUAGGUCACGUCAGCUAGUUUCCUAUCCAUUUAUUUUAUUAUCCAUGCAUGCUUAUAGUUGAAUAGGUUACGGUGUAAAUAAAUAUUUUUAAAUAAUAAUAAAAAAUAAGUCAUCGUAUAUAGUUAUAAAAUGUGUGAGUUGCGAUCGAAUUAAGUUGCUUUGUUCACAACCUCGUGCCCAGGCUCUUACCUCUUGUGGAGGAAAGACCCACGUGAUCUGAUAAAAUCUAGCAGAUUUUUGAUUGAUGAAGUUGAUUAAUAUUUGAUAUUUAUACCUUAAUUUAAUACUUGCAUUUUGAUUUGCAAGUUUGAUUUGACUUUAAAGGAAUCCAAGAUAGCUAAUUAGAAAUCCGCUAGAUUUCAGCAGAUCACGUGAUCAGCUCCUACCAUGCAGGGUCUUUCCUCCACAAGAGGUAAGAGCCUGGGCACGAGGUUGCUUUGUUCAGUUGUUGACGUUUCAGAUAUUGAAUUAGUGACGGCGCCUAAAUGUCAAAAACAACUAUUGCUUGCAGGUAUUAUAGGAAGUAUUACGCUCCCAUCGUUAUUUUAUAAAACUAUUCGUGACAAUUGUCCGAAGUAGGUUGAAAAAGUUCAUUGAAAUAUGAAUAUUUUAGCUCAAUGAACAAUUGUUGAACAAGACAUAUACUUGAACAUACGGUAAAAGACUUGAAUUAUUUGACAGUUUUGUUGAGUAGCACUUGGUUGCCGACGACACAAUAUCGUCAGAACUAUUGAAAGAUGAGUAGAAAUACCCACACCGUCCUAUAUUUGUUUUUGUUUUUCACUUCGCUCCGCGCGAACAAAUUCGCCUAGUGGAAAAUGGAGUCCUAUAUUUAAAUAUAUUGUUCUAUUUAGUCAUGGUUAAAUUUUCUAAUACCAUGCACAUCGUCCUAUAUUUAAAUAUAUUGUUCUAUUUAUUCAUGGUUAAAAUUUCUAAUUCCCACACCGUCCUAUAUUUAAAUAUAUUGCUCUAUUUAUUCACGGUUAAAUUUUCUAAUACCCACACCGUCCUAUAUUUAAAUAUAUUGUUCUAUUUAUUCACGGUUAAAUUUUCUAAUACCCACACCGUCCUAUAUAUAAAUAUAUUGUUCUAUUUAUUCACGGUUAAGUUUUCUAAUACUCACACCGUCUUAUAUUUAAAUAUAUUGUUCUAUUUAUUCACGGUUAAGUUUUCUAAUACUCACACCGUCUUAUAUUUAAAUAUAUUGUUCUAUUUAUUCACGGUUAAAUUUUCUAAUACCCACACCGUCCUAUAUUUAAAUAUAUUGUUCUAUUUAUUCACGGUUAAAUUUUCUAAUACGCACACCGUCCUAUAUUUAAAUAUAUUGUUCUAUUUAUUCAUGGUUAAAUUUUCUAAUACCCACACCGUCCUAUAUAUAAAUAUAUUGUUCUAUUUAUUCAUGGUUAAAUUUUCUAAUACGCACACCGUCCUAUAUUUAAAUAUAUUGUUCUAUUUAUUCACGGUUAAAUUUUCUAAUACGCACACCGUCCUAUAUUUAAAUAUAUUGUUCUAUUUAUUCAUGGUUAAAUUUUAUAAUACGCACACCGUCCUAUAUUUAAAUAUAUUCAUUCAUGGUUAAAUUUUAUAAUACCCACACCGUCCUAUAUUUGGAUUUGUUUUUCGCUCCGUGCGAACAAAUUCGCCUAGUGGAAAAUGGGCUUAAAUUAACACUUGGUUGCCGACGACACAAUAUCAUCAGCGCUAUUGAAAGAUGAGUAGAAAUACCCGCACCGUCCUAUAUUGAAGGGACAUCUGUUUCUGCUUAAAGUGGCUGGGAAUAUAAAUGCUCACGUAAUUUCUUAUGAAUUGCCAAUAAACCUACAUGGCUAUUCGUGUGUGCGCAAACGGUGCGAAUUCUUCUUUUUAUCCAACUCUAUCAAUUUCAUUUCAUUCCAUUUGUUGCCUGUUUGACGCCAUUAGGCAUUAAUAACUUCAAGUGUUAUGCAUAUUUAUGUUUUGCUUGAUUGACUUAUAUAAAUGUUCACAUUUUGCACAUUGUACAAUAAAAUAGGAAAUUCUGUAGUGUCAAAAUAAAAUUCUGUAUUGCAAAAAAAAUUAAAGAAAACGAAACCAAGUACACGAAGCAUUAUUAUUUUCACCACUAAGUUUGUCACGCCUUACUUGCCAUGACAACUGACUAAAGGCCAUAUUACACGGUGCAAUUUUUCUUGCAAUUUGCAAAGCAAUUCUACUCUUGAGAGAUGUUAAUUAGUAAAGUCAGUGAAGAAUAAUCGAUAAUGUUGAGAAAACAUCAGCGGAGUGUAAUGAAGACUCGUAUUUGGUAAUUUACAUCUCUCAAGAGUAGAACUGCAUUGGAAGUUGCAAGAGAAAUUGCAAUUAAUUUGGAAGACAAAACAUUUCAAUUUCUGUACAUCUCAUACAUUUAAAUAUAUGUACAACCCACUUCCCUCGUACAAGAACGUAAAAAUAGAAUAUUUAACAAUUCCAAACUACUACAUAUAGACCUGAAAUUUCAAAAUCUAUUACGAGCCACCUUAAUAACGUUUUGGGUGUAUGAUAAUUAGUACGGCUAGUGACAUCAAAAAACUCAAAUUUGAAAACGUUUUUAAACUUUGUGUUUUGCCGAAAUAAUACACAGUUGCCUAACGACGCUUGCAGUUGCAUCAUGAGUCGUGGCUUUAGUUUUCGACUCUUCUAUCGAGUCGUUUUCUUUUCCUUCUGUCUGAUUUUCGCCUGUUUUUAUCAUGGUGGUGUUUCAGAGUAUGAAAGGCGAGGAGAUAAAACAGAACCGAACAAAUUAAAAGAUGAAUUCAAAGGUAAAUCCUUGAAUAUUGACGUUUCUCUCGAACAAGACAUUGGCAUCCGUAACUUGAAAGAGAAUGCUAAACAAGUUGACGGCGAGGAUACGAAGAAAGAAACUGAUCUUUCAAAGAUGGGAAGAAAAGGUAAAUUCUGAAAAUGUGAGAACAUUUCUUAAUUCAUUUCAGAAGAAGUAACUGUCAUGCAACCACAUUAUUUCUUUUCAGGAACUGUGAUGAAAACACUCCGAAGUGACAGAAUACGGAAGAGCCCAAAACUGCCCCAGUCCGAGGUAAAAGUUCCAAGCAAAGAAUCGACAACCAUCUCCCAUUCAAGUGAGACAAAAUGGCAAAACAAUGGCGGCAUGGCCAUAUCUUCAUUGGAAAAUGGAAUUUUUCACCAGAAUGACUUGAGAAGAACAGCCAAAAGAGAAAAGUUCGCUUCACCCACAACUCAACAUCUCCGGAACAGACGUGGAAUUGAUGCGAUCUCAGAAAGUAAGGUGGGUCAGACCGAAUGCGCCAAUUUUACCUUCACUAUAAAGUAUGAAGAUGUAUACAAAGUAUGGAAGAACUUCUCAAUGAUGUAUCAAAGUCGAAUGUAUCAUUAUAACGAGUACAGAGUAACGGACGAUGGUCUACAAGUUUGUAAUUCUUCAGAUCCUCUCAUUCAACAAAAAUGGCGGAAUUUCAUUGCUCGGGAAAAGAAAAUGACGGUUGUCACACAUUGUAAUGUAUCCGUGGACGGUUUUUACUUUGAACAUUACACAUUAUACAAAAACUUUACUGUUUUCUUUCAUCCUACAGAGCAAAAUUUCACAAGGCAAGAUUACGGAGUGAUUUCUGGACAUUUUGCAAUUUGUUCGGCAAAACUUAGUUUGUCCUGCAAGGAUGAUUUGGUUAAAGUAAAGUACGAUGAACAAUACAACGUUUUGAAAAACGUUUCGCUGUUUUAUAACAACAAGAUGUACGAUUAUCGUGAAUAUCGAUUUGGAAACGGAGGUCUUGUAAUGUAUGCUUCCAAUGAUCCAAGGGUUCAGUCUCUUUGGAGAACUCGGAAUUCAUGGGAAAAGUUUAAAGAGCAGCAUAAAUGCCGCGGAUCUGUUAAAAAAAUACAUGCAUGGCGUUACAUUGUGAAUAAGCAGUUCACUGUCUAUCUCGCACUUAAGAGUCAAUAUUUUACAAGGCAUGACUAUGGGGUGAUUGACGGUAAACCUUAUAUAUGCAGAGAAAAGAGAAGACCCAUGUCAACAGGGUAUACCGAGGAAGAUCUAUUAGUGUGCAACGAUUCAAUAACCAAUAUAAAAUACGAUGAUGAAUACAAAAUUCGGACUGACUUUUCAAUACUCUAUAAGAACAAGGGGUACGAUCAUACUGAGUAUCGAGUUCUGGAUGAUGGCUAA